AUGUAAAUCAACAUUUAAAAAUUUAAUUUAUUAAUCAAUUUGUUAUAAUAUUUAAAGCAAAUUUCUACAAACUGCAUCCCUAACACGAAUUAAUUUAGUGAAGAUUUAUUGCAUGGGACUAUCAUAUCGAGAACAUAUCAAUUAAUUAUAUUUUAUAAUUAAUUUAGUAUAAGGGUAUAUUCUUUAAAAGAAUAAAUAUACAAAUUGAACUAUUACUCAUCUCAUUUUACAGCUUAUUCUGUAUAUUUUGAUAGAUUUAGUAGUAUAAUAAUUUUUGGAGAAUAUUUUAGCUAAGAUUUUUUAAUAUUAAAUUUAAUAACAUACAAAAUACAACCUACCCCCUUCCCUCUAUUUAACACAAAAAAUUUAGAAGACUAAUAUAAGUUUUAUUUUUUUUCAGAUCAAAAAAGAGUGAUGCUGCUUUCCUCAUAUGUUUCUUUCAUACAAAUAUAUGACUUAGAUACCUAAGCCAGUCCGUAAACUAUUUAGCUUUAAUACUAGUUUAAUUAGUAGAGUCAAGUAGUUGUUGAUGAAAAUCUUAAUUUAGUUAUGUUUAUAGAUAACUAAAACUAAAUUGAAAUCAUAUCAUAUCAAGCUAAUCAAAUUGUUAAGACAUAUUAAUUGGACUAUAUUAAAAAUGAAGUAAAUGCAUAUUAAAAAGUAUUAAUUUGGGAUAGCUUUAAGAGAAAGAUCUUUGUCAGCUCAAACAAUAUAUUUUAUAUUUUAGACUAUGAUAACAAUAAUUUUAUUUGCAAAUACUAAUUUCAGCGAACAAUUUUUGAUAUUUAUAUAAGCUUUAAUAAAAAUCAAAUUUUUGUUACAGACUAUUUGAAUUUAAGAGUUUUUGACUAUUCUAUAAUAGAGUUUGAUUAAAUCCUAAUACCUUAGUAUUUAAUACCUAAAUUUUUACAAAUAAAUUAAAACUAAUACAUAUUAUUUGAUGAUAGUUAAUCAACAAUUAAAAAUAUUGUUCAAGGAGAAGUAAAGGACUUUAAAUACUUUAAUUCACUACAUCAUGCACCUUUUUACUUCAAUUUUUAUAAUAAUAAUAGCUCAUAGUUUUAUUUAAUUACAUUUAACUAGCUUUAUAUAUUAUAAAUUAGUUCAACUAAGCUAACUACGAUAUUUUAUCAAUUGCUUGACUCUUAAAUAAUCACUUUUAUCAGUGAAUCUGAUUCAGAAGUUCUUUUUUUAACAUAAAAGUAAACUUUAUAUUGCCUUACUAAAAAUCUAAUUAACCCACAACUAAUUGCCUUAACAUAUAUCUCAACUGGAAUAGGAGAAUUUAUAAUGAUCAACAAUACUUACUUAAUUUAUAGCUCAACGAAAAACUCGAGUUAAUGGAAUAAGAUAACUCUUUAAAAUACUUAGUCUGAUUCAAAUGCAAUUAAAUUAGAACAAUUUAUAUUUAAUUUAGAAAAAAAUGAUACAGUUAAACAACUUAUUAAAAUAGAUAAUACUUUAAGUGUUAUAAUGCUAACCAAAAAAUAUAUACAAAUAAUUGAUGCUUAAACAGGAAAUAUCUAAUAGAGUACUUUAUUAGAUUUCUAAAACCAAUAUUCUUAAAUUUAUUUCGAUGCCCUUUAUGGUAGAAUUUUAUAUUCAGAUAGGAUUAUUGGAGUCAAGGUAUAUGAUAAUCAAUUAUAAGCAAUUAAAAGUAGUUUACCUAGUUCAGGUAUAAGAUUAAAAAUUAAAGAUUCCUUCUUAUUUAUGCUUUCUUUUAAUUCAGUGAGUAUAUAUUUAAGAAAAGACCUCUAAUUUUUUUAAGUAAUUAGAAACUUUAACAGUACCCAAUCACUAAUCGAUAUAGAAUACACAGGAUAUAAUUAUAUCUUUCUUUUAUAUUUUGAUAAAUAGAUUACUUUCAUGUAGGUUUCACCUUUCUAAUAACCAUAGCUAGUUGAUAUUUUAUCAGUAAGUAAUUAUGUAAUAUUAUCUAAAUAAGUAAAUUAGAAGAAUUCUGAAUACUUGGUAGUUAAUAUGACUAUUUUAACUUUUGAGUACACAAUUGAAUACAUCACUGAGCUAAAUAUUGGUGGAUAUUAAAAUAAAUUUUGUUCUGCUUAACUACAAAUAAAAACAAGUUAAAGUGAUCAACUAACAAAAAUGCAAUAAACAGAUUAUUUAAAUUUACUAUCACUUAAAUAACUUUUAAUUUAGAACAUUAUUUAUAGUUUAUACAUAGAUAAUGGUGAAUAGACUGAUUUAAUGUAUCCUUUUAUUAGCUCUAGCUCUGUAACUACAGAUUAUUCACUCAAAAUUUAAGCUUAAAACUCUAAUAGUAUUUAUCUAAAAACUCAAAACAGUACGGAUUAAAACAUUGUAGAACUGUAACUUAACAGUUUAAAACUUUCAUUUUAAAAUAUAAAUAAGACUUAAUACUUAUUUGGUAAUUAGACAUUCUAAAAAUUAGCUAGGCUGUAUUUAAAUGAUAUUGAAUUAUUAGAAAUCGGUAAUAAUUAGCUAAUAUUUUAAGGAAUAGAUCAUAUUUUUAUUACAAAUCUAAUUAUAAAUGGGGAAUCAAUCUAAUUAUCUAAUAAUAAGACAAUCAUUUUCUAAGAUAUUAAUUUUGUAAUUGUUUAAAACAUUACAUUAAUAAAUUGCUAAUUUAGCAAUAUUUUUAAUAUAUUCUCAUUUAGCAAUAUAAAUUAAUUGAUUAUAAGCAAUCUUUAUAUUAGAUUAAACAAGUUAGCUUCUAUUAUUAAUCAAAAUUCACUUAUAAAUAUCUCAAAUAUUAAUAAUCUCACUAUAAACAAUACUUAUAUUUUAUAAAAUUCUAUAGAAAAUGUUGAAAUAUUUAAAAUAAGGAAUGUUACUGAAGUUAGCAUUAAUAGCAUGAUAUUUUCUGAAAACUAAAUAAUUAUUAACUAAGAUAUCGAUUUGUAAGGAAUCAUAUUCUAUUUUGAAACAAUCCCAUAUAUUUCUAUAAAUCAAAUUCAAUUUAACAAAUUGAGCAUUUCUUCCAUCUCCUCUCUUUCUCUGCUAAAAUUUUCAAAUAUUAAUUAAACUUUACAAUUUAAAGAUCUUAUUUUUAAAUACUCUAUAAUCAGUGACAAUCAAAAUAACUUUGUAUCUAAUUAAGAGUAUUUUAUUAUAGAAUGUGAAGGGAUAGUUUUAUCGAAUUUCUCAAACAUCUCUAUAAGUAAUUCUGAUAGAAUAAGCUUUGUUUAUAUGCAUUAAUAGACAAACAUAAAGGGAAUUAUUAUUUAUAAUUAAAUAUCUAUCAUUAGUAAUUACUGUCAUUAUAAUUCAGAUACAAAUCAACUUAUGAUACUAAACGCAUAAUAAAUAAAUAUAUAAAAUUCCAAUUUUACAUCUAUUUCUAAUCAAAAUUCUAAUUCUGCUUUAGUUUAAAUUUAAGUCAGCUAAAAUUUGCUAUUAGAUUAAAUUAACAUAACAAAUAUUAGUAUUAAAGAAAAUAGCUUUAUUAGCAUCCUAAAAAGCUAGUAAGUAGUAAUCUAAUAUAUUGAAGCUAAAUAUAUUUAUACAAAAAGUAAAGCAAGUACUAUUUACUUUGAGUAAAUUUAAUAAUUAAUCAUGAAAAAUAACAAAUUUAUCUUGAACUUAUCUUAUUUGGAUGGAGGAGCAAUAUAUAUGAAUUAGAUAAAUGAAAUCGAUUUGAUUAAUAAUACCUUUUAGGAAAAUUAAUCACAAACUGGAAAUGGAGGGGCAAUAUACUGUUAUAAUAGUAUCUUUUCUAAAUUUGAGAGUAACAAUUUCAUAUAGAAUUCAUGCACUUCAGGUUCAGGAGGAGCUUUGUAAUUGAAUAACUGUGAUAUCUAAGAAAUGGUAGAAAAUACAUUCAAGUAAAAUAAAGCCCUAAUAGGAGGAGCUUUUAGAUAUUAAGGAAUAUAACCUAAAGUUUUACAAAAAUCUAAUGUUAGCUAACGGAUACUUACCUUAAGUAUAAAUUAAUUUAUUAAGAACUCAGCAUAAUUAUAUGGAAAAGAUAUAGGCUCCUAUCCAGUUUUAUUGGAUGUGAAAAAUUAAUUCGAUGAUGAUAAUAGAGCUUCAAAAGCUAAAUUAGAAAAUUUGUAAAGUGGCAGUACAUCUACACCAAUAUUGAUCCGACUAAUUGAUGAAGAAAUGAGAGAAGUAAGCUUUUUAAAAAACACAUCAAACAUAAAUUAGGAAAUCCUAAUAGAAUUUGGAAAUUAUUUGCUAGAAGUUUAAAGUUAGUAAGUUGGACUAGAUGGAAAUCUAAGAUAAAAUUAUAAUUUUGAUUAAUUUGGUUUUGUCUUUAAUGUAUCUUAUUCUUAUUAUCCUAACUCUAAUUCCACUAUUCUAAUCAAAACAGUAAGCACUAUUCCUGUUCUUAAUAGAACAACUUUUAAAUUUGAUGAGCAAGAACUAAGUUUAUAUAUUGAUGUCAAUUUUAGGAAAUGUUAAUAAGGAGAGAUUUUAUAAGCUUUUCAAAAAUAUAAAAUAUGUUAUACUUGUCAAUAAGGCAAUUAUUGCUUAGAAGAUCCAGACUAAAAUGAAAAUUUAUAGUGUUUAAAAUGUCCUUUGGGUUCUAAAAAUUGUCAUUCAAAUGUCAUUUAAUUAUAUAAUGGAUUUUGGAGUUUAAGUUUGAACUCAGACUAAAUUUAUUAAUGCAUUAAUCCUCAGAACUGCAUUUCUGAAGAUCCUUCAAAUAAAUUUGGAUGUUUACAGGGAUAUAUUGGGGCUUUAUGUGAAUCCUGCGAUAGUCAUGGCACUGUUUGGGGAAAAAAAUAUGGUAAAAGUAAUGAUGGAGUUUAAUGUUAAGAAUGCAUUUAAUAAAAUUAAAUUUAUUCUAUUAUUAUUUUGUGCUUAUUAUUGGUUAUGUUUUGCUGCUAUUUAAUCUUUUAAGCUCAUAAGUAGCUAGAAUUCUUAUAAAAAAAAAUGAGCUGGUUUUAUUUGAGGAAACUUAAAAUUAUGUUGCUUUAUAGCCAAAACAUAAGGAGCAAUUCAUAAUAUAUCUAAAUUCUUACUAACUAUUUACAGUUUUUAGCACUUGUUAAUAAUUUAGGCAUUUAAAAAUAGGAAUAUUUAAGUGUUAUUGAAAUUGGAGGUGGUGAUCCUUCUUAGCAUACAGUUUAUAGCUUAGAUUGUUUUUUUAAUAGCUUAAAUAUAUAGCUUCCUUUGUAUGCUAUUAGAGUUUUGUUCAUUAAUUGCUAAAUAAUUAUUAUCUAUUUAUUGAUGUAAUUACUAAACUAGCUAAUAAAUAUGUUUAAAAUAGAAAAAGAUUAAUUUCAAAUAUCUUCUUUUAUAUCAGUUUACUUAUUCUUUAGUUCAUCUGUAAUAAAAGUGCUAAUACAAUCUUUAUCUUGCAGAGAAAUAUCUAGUAAGUUAUAUAUAAUUUAAGAAAUGCAGUAUGAGUGCUAUACUAAUUAACACAAUCGCAUUAUUUUCUACUUAAUAGGACCCUUGCUUUUGAUAUGGUUUAUAUUAAUUCCAUUUAUUUUUACUUUGCAUUUGUACAGAAAAAGAUCAAAAUUAUAAAGCUUGAUAUUAUUAAAGAAAUUUGGGCUUCUGUAUUAAAAAUACAAAGAAGAGUCUUAUUAUUGGGAUUUAGUAAGAAACUAAGCAAAGGCUUCACUAGUUAUAUUUUUAAAUUUGAUUAGAACUUCACCGUUGCUGAAAUCUUAAUAUUUAUAACUUCUAAUGUUUAUUUACUUUAGAUUUUUAAAGAUAGUAAGUCCAUAUUAAAGACAGCAAAUGAAUAGAAUAGAUUAACUAUCUUGUAAAUUUGUUAUGUUGAGUAUAUUCUUAAUAUAGUUGAUAAUACUUACAGAUAAUUCAAAAUUUUAACAAAUAUUGUAAGUAAUUUUGAUUGUUUUCAAUGUUUAUUUCAUAGGAAUCCUAAUUUUACUGAUUGUACAAAAACCGAUUCCCUAAAUUGCAAAAAACAGAAAUAUGUAUUAGAUAUUCUUAGUUUAAUUGUCAAAACUAAUACCUAAUUCUAUAUAUUAAGUUUAAUAUUAAAAGCAGGUUAAUAUAUUGAGGAUAAACUCUUUAUGGAAAAAAGUUAAAAGCUCCUUAAGAUAAAUUAUUGAAUUCGAAGCAGAUGUUAAAAAUUAAAAAUGGGUUUAAUCAAAGCUUAGUAAGACAUAAGAAUUAAAUAAAAGCAAAAAAUUAAGAACAAGUCAUCUUCAAAGGGUACAUUUCUAAAUAGAAUUUUAGAAAAGUAUGAACAUCGAUAAAAAUAUAAAAUGAAUAAAGUUUUUU